AUGGAGGAUUACAUUGGAACAAGACUGUUGUUUGAGACAUCCAAAGGAAUAAUAAGUGGGAUGCUCAGGAUUGUUGACGAGAGUGCUGGGAAGCUAGUUGUAGAAGACGGAUGCGGCAUGAAAGAUGUGCUUAUUGAGGACAUUCAGAGAUUGGAGGCUGUGGAGGAUCCUGCACCAAACCCCUCUGCAGACCACAGGAUUAAGGAUGGCAAUGCCAAGGAAGGAACGAAGCAUGGAGAAUCUAUGCCAUCUACUGAUUCAGACGACAAAAGCGUUAUGGGAAAGAGCAUUCCACGGCAGCAUUCCAUGAGCCGCUUGAGCUUAAAAGCGGCAGGCAUUGAUCGAAGUGUAGAUGAAAGGCACAAGAGCAGCCAGGUUGAUGGAAGUGGAGCAGGCCACAGAAAUGACGGUAACAUCCUAUCUUCCGACAAGACUAGGAUUGAUGGAAAGGAAAGCAAACAUACUCCGGAGACGUCUGAAGAAAACUACUACAGGAUGAUGGAAAGAGCGUUUAGCCAUUUUGGGCCUCUUGAGGAGGAAUUCUGUUCCAUUGCUGCACGCCAGGCAUACCGGAUAUUUUCUACAUACUUUGAGAGUUCAAGUGCAGAUGUGGAGAUAUUUAUUUCUGGAGAUGACGUUUUUGCAGGUAUAGGAUUUAUUCUUGGGAGGCUGCUACUACAUUCUGGAAAGAUGUCGUCUAUUGUGUGCAAUGAAAGCCUUGUCAAGAAUGCAAGAUACAGGCAGUCCUACCUGAAUUCUGGAGGCGUCAUUACCAGCAGGCCUAGGGGAGAACCAAGUAUACACAUCUAUGCCUGCAAUAAGACGCUGAUACCUGUUCAGCCUAAGGACAGUGCAAAAGGGUUUUUGUAUCUAGACACGCCUGGGUUUUGUAUAGAGGAAAAGGAAACGAAAAUAGGUCUGUGCUUUGGAUCGGUGCCGGCAUGCUUUCGGAGGUUUAACGGGAUAAUGUAUUUUGUCGACAUAGAAUACCCGACUGCUCUUUACGAGGAAUUUGGGCUUGGAAGGCCCAUAAAGAGUAAAAUACACAAGGUGAAGUAA